AUGUCAGUCAAGAGCUUCGUUGAUAACGAGAUUGCCUCCAACAAGGUCGUGCUUUUCGGCAAGUCGUAUUGUCCCUAUUGCACGAAGGCGAAAGGGGCUCUUGCUUCAAUCAACGCCAAUCCCAAAGUUAUCGAACUCGAUCAACGUGACGACUGCUCGGACAUUCAGACUACUUAG